GUGAACUUCAAAACUAGUUCAAAAAUGGCUGCUGCAAGUAGUGAAGGUUUGCCAAUAACUCCAAAUACGCCUACAAUUUUAAAUUCCAUUCAUUCUGCAAUUAAUUCAGAGAGAAGCUCCAGAUCGCCAUCAUUAUCAUCAACAGUAGAAGAGUUCCAAUGGACUUCCUUAUUAGUGUCAAAUUCCAAAAAGAAAAAACCAAAAAUUCAAAAAGGACGAGACCCGGUAGUCAUAGAAAGAAGCAACUUAGUUAACAUAAGUAAACUAGUCGUAAAAGAAUUAAUUGAGCAGUCCUUACGAUAUGGCCGAAUGUUGGACUCGGAUCAUAUGCCUUUGCAACAUUUUUUUAUUGUGCUAGAGCAUGUUUUACGUCAUGGAUUGAGGCCAAAAAAGGGUUUACUUGGUCCAAAAAAGGAACUAUGGGAUAUAUUGCAAUUGGUUGAGAAGUUCACCUCCGAGGCACAGGACAUCACAGCCAGUGUGCGUGACUUACCAACCGUACGCACACAUUUGGGCAGAGCAAGAGCGUGGUUGAGGUUAGCUCUAAUGCAGAAAAAACUGGCAGAUUAUUUAAAAAUCUUAUUGGAUCAUAAAGAUGAGGCUUUAGCCGAGUAUUUCGAGCCAGAUGCACUGAUGCUUAGUGAUGAAGCCAUAGUUAUCAUAGGAUUAUUGGUUGGCCUGAAUGUCAUCGACUGCAAUUUAUGCGUUAAAGAGGAAGAUUUGGAUUGUCCACAAGGCGUGAUAGAUUUCUCUCUGUAUCUUCGUUCGUCCAAUCAAUUAUCUGGUGAACAAAUGGAUGAGCAACUAGGGGAAGAUAAUAUGACCACGGUUUUGGACCAAAAGAAUUACAUAGAGGAAUUAAAUAGACAUUUAAAUGCGACAGUAACGAACCUUCAAACCAAGGUGGAAUCUCUUACAACAACUAAUGCUUUAAUGAAGGAGGAUUUAGCGAUUGCUAAAAAUAGUCUUCUAGCCUUGUAUGAUGAAAAUCAACAAUUGCGAAGAGAACUUGGAAGAGAGGAAGUUACCAAUAGCGAUUCGUCUAAAGACCACAUUUUAAGUAAAGCAGUUCGAGAAGAUGGCGGUGAAGGUAUAAAACCUUUUAGUGGAGAUGCAUCAGAGCUUCAACAAAGACUAGACGAAGAGCGUAGACUAAGACAGGAGGCAGACAAAGAGCUGGAGUUACAAUUAUGCAUUAAGGCCGAAAUGGAGGUCGCAAUGAAACUCCUUGAAAAAGACAUCCACGAGAAGCAAGAUACCAUAAUAUCACUAAGAAGGCAAUUGGACGACAUUAAGUUAAUUAAUUUAGAAAUGUACAAAAAAUUGCAGGAAUGUGAAAUGGAGUUAACUCAGAAAGGAGAAGUGGUGAGUCGCCUUCAAGCCAAAGCUGGUCAGAUCGGCAAAAUCCUCAAUAAUUUAGAGAAAUAUAAUCAUUUGAUUAAUGAGACUAAUCGUGACAAGAAAUCUUUUGAAAAACGACCCUCGUCCUUUGACAAAAAAUUUACAUCAUCCACUUCCAAAAAUUUUAUGAAAAAUACAAAGAGCCAGGAGUUCUCUAAAGGUGGUACAAGUGAAAGUACUACAAUUGAUGAAGCUGAUGCCAAAGCUAUGAGCAUGAGUCAUUCAGAGAGUAUUGAACAAAAUUUCGAAAUUGUCGAUCAGGCGGAAAUAACUUAAAUGUCUUGCAAAACAAUUUACUUGUCGUGACACAAAUGCUCUAUAUCACAACUGUUUAAAUUUAUUUUGAAUACUUUAAGGAGUGCAUAUUCAAUUACGCUUGCUCCUUCAUCGGCAACUAUUAGGGGGGAUGGGGGUGUUGUAAAUUUUUUGUUAUACGAGAUAGUAUGUUAGUUAAGUGGUAGUAAUGAAAGAAUUAGGAACCAUAGGAAGACUGAGGAUUGUGUAUAAAGUGGCUUAUUUCAGGAAAACGAGGGGUCCCUUAAAUAUAAGACCGAACUGAUUUCCAAGCUAGAGGUUAAAACGCAGUCUAUGUCAGAUACUAUCCAAACACUUGAAGAAAAGUAGGUAAAUUCUUUUGUUACACAUUUCGGCUUUAAAUAAUCAGAAUAUACCACAUGUCGUGAAAUAUGGUCACUUUAGCUGUGAAAACAAGUUGAGAUUUUACUCUUAAUAACUAAGCAUAGUGAUUUCGUUAGUGUGGUUCCAAUGCAACUUAGUGCAAUUAAGCUUUGGAGAAGACUUACAAAUAAGAAUUAAACCAGGAAUUAAAUCUGAAUUUCAGUUGGAUAUGUUACCGUUGAUGUGCUGAAGACAGUUAAAAGUUCAGAUUAUCACGUGUUUGUAUUGCUCUUCUUAAUAUUUCUUCG